AUGUUUUCCUCGCUAAAUAAAGUCACUGCGUUUGUCGCCAUCAUCGGCCUCUUUGCUGUGGGUCGUUGUGACGUCACAUUCGAAGGCUUUGAACAGUUGGGUGAAUUCAAGGUUCGGGACUAUAGUUGCAAUGGCCUGGCACCAUCCAACCCAAAGGAAAUAGACACUAAAUUUUUGUUGUAUAACCUUAACACUGACCCAGCGGGCGAGAUGGUUGACUGGAUUGGCAAUGAGCCCAUAUCGCCAAACUACGAUCCCAAUUUGAAGACGGUGUUCGCAUGUCACGGAUGGCGAGACAGUUACCAGAAAGACCUAUGGCAGGGCAUGAAGGAUGCACUUCUACAGAGGGAGCCAGUGAACGUUAUCUUAGUGGAUUGGAGGGGAGGCUCUUCAAGUCUACUAUACAAUAAAUGUCGAGAUAACACUAGAGUUGUCGGCAGGGAAAUUUCUGCGUUGAUCAAGCGAUUCGUCAACGAAGCUGGCGCCAAUUUAGACAACAUUCAUGUCGUUGGCCACAGUCUGGGAGCGCACAUCGCAGGUUACGCUGGUGAGGAUCUCGCCAAAGCUAACAUGAUACUGGGAAGAAUAACAGGAUUAGAUCCUGCUGGUCCUCUGUUCGAGAAUGAGGAAGCUCCAUGUAGGCUGAGUAAAGAUGAUGCUGGGUUUGUGGAUGUGAUACACACCGACGGUGACAAAAUUGGUCUUGGGGGCGCCGGAUUGAUGCAAGAGUGCGGGCACCAUGACUGGUAUCCCUUUGGCGGGAAGGACCAACCAGGAUGCCCUGCUUUUGACGUCGCUUGCGACCACAUGAAAGCCGUCGAAUACUUCAUUGACAGCGUGAAAGGCGUCAAAACCUUCCUGGGCGAUAAAUUCGCCAAUACCGUCAAUGAUUUGCUUAACCGUCCAGCCCAGUGCUUCAUCGAUGGGAAUUGCCCGGAAAUGGGGUACCCUGAUCACGACGACGCUGCCAUCGAGGGCCACGACUUCAUGUAAAGGUCACACGAGAAUCAUUGAUGUUGGAAUGAUGAGUUUCAGAACUUGAUUGAACCUCGCGGAUAUAAAUUAGGCCUAUGUAGAAACUGCUUUUCAUCAGAUGACAUUAGAAAAUCACCCACUUCGUUUAAAUUGGAUAAGGGUGUCAUAAUCACAUCAUUAAUAUUUUGCUUCUUCAUCAAGUGUUGCGAUCAUCGCGAAAACAUCUUGCAGGGGUGUUAAAUACAUUUUGGUGUUCUAGGGGACCACAUCAAGUAUUUUACGCCAUUGUUUGAUUUAUGGUUUUAGAUAACACCCAUUUGGCUGGUUAUUCUGUUUUCCAUUUUAACACUGAUUUAUGUUCAUGUUAAAACUUCAUGAUAUAUUUUGGCUCAUUAUGAGGUAUCUGAUUUAUCAGAAAAAUACAUGUAUUUACCUUUCUUUAAUGACCUUUGGGGACCAUAUGGAUUUCAAGCGCACUCGCACAGCUAAUUUUCUUUCAUCGAUCAUUAUUAAUCCCUUAAACAAAGACGUCUAUCCCAACAGACAAUGAAUCAUUGGGCUAUACAUUAGUCAUUUGAAUUAUUUUCGUUACUAAUUUUACACACAAUCCUGACAAUGAACAUUGAAAAUUUUAAAACUUAAGUCACGUAUUUUGAUGAAUAAAGAGAUAAAUUGAUUUUCUCCUCC